GUAACUUUACCUCAUCCCCUACUGCUCCCCAGCGGGGACAAUUUCAAUGCAUCAGCUGUUAGGGCUCGGCAUCCUGGUACUGGCCGAAGCAGCCCUUCACCCUGGGCAGCUCCAUGACCAUCACGAGCUCCAUCAUCACCAGAAGAAGAUUGUGUGGGCCAGCGGCCUCUCAGUGCAUCCAAGAUGUUCCAAGACAGAUCACUACCUGGAUCAGUAUGAGAUUGCCUUGAUCUCCUGGCAUGAGACGGAGAACAAGGCCUUUGAUCCCUAUCUAAUUUGCCAUGUGCCGGAGGAGGGGAGGGAGGCCUUGGACGACCAGAUUGAAGAACGCUUGCAGCACCUCGAGAGGAUGGGGGCCAAGUUGAUCUUCCACCGCCUCAGUUUUAUUGACCGUUUGGCAGAGAAACUGCAGACUGAAGCCGAAGAGGAUAGUGAUCCGGAAUGCAUCGCGGGCACAUUUCUGCGCUUGGAAAUUCCUCGCAUUUUAUCAGGGCUUCCGCUUCAGCGCCACAAUCGAAGCUAUGCUUUGUACACGGACCAAGAUAUUUUGUGGUGGCGCAAGGUGAGCAUGAACGAAUUCAUGUCCUCGAUUCCCUCAUCGAAGUUCUCCUUGGCCUACACGGGACAGGUUCGGAGGGAAGAGGGGCCGCUGAACACUGGCGUGCUCCUGGUGAAUUUGCCCAUCUACAAAAAGGACCUGCCUGCCUUGCUGAAUUUUAUGUUUGGCGAUUUUCAGAUCAGCACUGCGUGGGACCAGGGCGUUCUCAACAAGUUCUACGAUGAGAACGUGGGGCGGCUGCGGUGGUCUGUGAAGUGGAAUUAUAGGAUGUUCUGGGAUGGAAAGGAUCAUGUGGCCAUAGUCCACUACUGGGCCAUCAAACCUUCAGAUGCUUUGGAUUGUUGGAUCAAGAAGAGGUCCUUGAAGAAGUGCCCUGACAUCGACCUGGGAAUGAUCCCAGACAGCCUGCGAGAGAAAUUCCAACAGCAGGCCUUGAAGAUGGCAGAGAAAGAUGACCACAAGCUUUCCUUCAUGAAAGAAGUGAUGUUGAAGUACAAGAAGUACGAACAGCUGCAGCCGAAGCUCCUGAAGUGACCACAAAAAACUGAUGGAUCUCACGCUGCCGGGACAAAAU